AUGGGUUCGGUUCUGCCCGCCGAGGCGCUCCUGCUGAAGUCCAGGUUCAGAUCUCAGCUGUGUGAAAUCAUCACCUCUGAUACUCUGCACAGUUUUCUGUACGGCCGGUGGAGAAAUGUGCUCGGAGAGCAUCUGUAUGAAGACAAGCAACAUCACAGCAGCAGCUUGAGUCCCAAAACCGCGUUCACCGCUGAAGUUCUGGCGCAGUCUUUCACUGGAGAGGUUCAGAAGCUGUCUAGUCUGGUUCUGCCAAGUGAGGUCAUCAUCGCCCAGAGUUCAGUCCCUGGAGAAGGUCUGGGGAUUUUCUCCAAAACCUGGAUCAAAGCCGGCACUGAGAUGGGCCCUUUCACCGGGAGGGUCAUCUCCCCCGAGCAUGUGGACCAGCGCAAGAACAAUAACCUUAUGUGGGAGGUGUUUAAUGAGGAUGGCACAGUCCGGUGCUUCAUUGAUGCCAGUCAGGAAGACCAGCGCAGUUGGAUGACGUACAUUAAAUGUGCCAGAAAUGAACAGGAGCAAAACCUGGAGGUGGUUCAGAUUGGCAGUAGCAUCUUCUACAAAGCUCUAGAGACUAUUCCACCAGAUCAGGAGCUGCUUGUUUGGUAUGGAAAUUCCCAAAAUACCUUCCUUGGUAUUCCUGGUGUUCCGGACACAGAGGAUGAGCACCAGAAAAAGAGAAGCGACGACUCGCACUUGUGUGAUGCCCCGCCUUCAUCACUGGCCUCAUCUUCCUCGUCAUCAACUGCAAGUCGCAUGCGCUGCGUCAUCUGUCACCGCGGCUUCAAUUCCCGCAGUAACCUGCGCUCACACAUGCGCAUUCACACCCUGGACAAACCGUUUGUCUGCCGCUUCUGCAACCGUCGUUUCAGCCAGUCUUCCACGCUCCGCAACCAUGUCCGCCUGCACACCGGCGAGCGGCCCUACAAAUGCCACGUCUGCCAGAGCGCGUACUCGCAGCUGGCAGGCCUGCGGGCACACCAGAAGAGUGCCAGACACAGACCGAGCAGCUCAAACUCUGAAGCUGGGCAGCUAUCGCCUCCACCAACACAAAUGCCGCCCGUUUCUCAUCACGCACUGCUGCGUCAUAUUCCCACCAUGGUGCUCUGAUUGCAAAGAACGAGAUGAACUGUAAAACAAAGUCCAGUAACACGGCACUUUAAGAUUGAACACACUCAAAGGGUCACUUCCAAUGUUGAGAGUGUCUGAUUUCAGAAGGAUUGGUGGCUCAGUGACGGUGGAAGAAAAUGUUGAAUUUUGUUUAAUUGAAUCAAUGGAUGUUGGACUGUAACAGUUUCAUUAUCUCAAGGAAUGUGUGGAGCAGCUUUUGAAAUUUCACAAGCAACGACAAGAUGAACAAAAUGAUACAAAAUGUCCUCACUAAAUGCCUUAAAGUUUAGCAGAGAAAGCAAUGAGCACAUAUACAUAUUUAAUGUGGGGUACAUUUUAAUAUUCAAUUAUUACAUGUACGUGCUGUUCCUACCAUGCUCUUUAAAGAAACAU